AUGAAGAAACUAAUCCGAAAAUUUAGGUUGAAUAACACAGAAUCAAUUCCAGUAAAUGAAACCUUUGGAACCAGCUUGGCAGUUGACUACUACCUCAAUAUAGCAGAUGAACCUACCUCUCCUAAGAAGCCUAAGAAUGUCCCUGAGCACUAUGACUUUGAGAGCAGGUGUUCAGCCCUUUCCUCUGAUUGGACUUCUGUGAGAAUCAUCCCAGAGGAAGAAAUGACAGAGCACAACCUUCUGGCCAUUCGAGUCAUGGUAACCAGUGAUGGGAGCAGUUCAGAGCUGGAAUCUGAUUUUUAUGGUGCCUCAUCGAACUCUGAAAUUAGUGAAGGACAGAUCUCAUUGCCUGAGCCUGUGUCCUAUACAAACCCCAUAAGAGAGCGUACAUUGCUGACCACCACUUCUGUGAAGGAAGAGGAGUGCCGUGAAAAGUCCAAAGCUGCUGAUGCACUACAAAGAGCCAAUAGUUUCCACUCCUCUACACUGAAUAAAUACCAGAAUUGGAGAAGAAAAAUUCAAUCUAAUUUUCCUCUACUGUACAGCAAGAGAGUUGGGCUUCAUUCACAGGAGAGCUCUGCCAGAUCUCAAAGUGCUCUUGAUGAUGAUGUAUCCCAAUCAGAGUUGACAUCUCACAGCAAACCACCAGAAGUUGCGAGAGGACUUUUCAAACCCUACAUCCCAGUGUUUCAAAGAAAGGCAAAAGCCAAAGAGACACCUGAAGAAAUCUGCCGAUAUAUGCCCCAUCACCCACUUCAGAACAGUACUACUGGAUCUCCAUUGAUGCAUUCUGGAAAUGUUACUUCAGUUGCUAAUGUAUAUAAGCAUAGAGAUGAAAAUGGUAACAAUGAGGAAUAUAAUGUAGGUAACUUGAAUGAGAGUGAAGAAUGUACCACCAGAACAGGGGCCUUCAACAGAAAAAAUAUAGAUUUGUCCUCUGUAUACACAGAAAAAAAAGAUGAAAGAAAUGCAAGACAGCUGAAAGUACAGCCUGACCUAGAAAUAAAUGAGAUAAAAAAACAGAUAAGGAACAAAUUAAUGCUUGGUGCAGAGCAGCAAUCCAAAUUACUUGAUUUGAACAAUGCAGAUCUAGGUGGAACAAAACCAGAACAUCAAAGCCAAAGAAUGCUGGAAAUUUCAGAAUGGAAGGAUGCUGAUGGUAAUAUGGGAAAAAACAUAUUCAAGCAAUCCAGUCCUUCUGUGCCUCUUCCAUUUGCAAAUGAUGCUUUGCCAACUUCAUCAGCAGAGACAAAAGAUAUUCCGAAGAGUCUGGACAGUUCUGUAGAAGAACAUCUGUCUAGCCAACCGAAAUCACCAUUGAGACUAAUUGCCAGUGCAAUAAAGAGAUCCAUUCUAGAACCUCUUGUGUCUCAUCCAGAAAGCAUAAAAAAGAGCCCAGACAGUAAAGCCAAUCCUACUUCAGAAUACACCUUUUUCAAUUCCCCUAAUAUGUCUGGCUGCUCUGUACAUUUAAGGAACAGUAAUGGUAAUAGAGAACAUGACGUGCAGCCACAAGAAUCUAAUAGUCUGGAACCUAGAAGCUCAGUCACAAACCCACCUAGUCUUUCCUGUAGUCAUGAAGAGAAAUCUUCAUGUGAUUCCACAAAGGUAUUGUUUCCGGUUUACAGUUUGCACACAGGUCCUUCCAAAGCUGCUGUUAAGCCUGAAAAUUCAUCUGGUGCAAAGACGGAGGAUGUACCCAGACUCCUAGAAAACUUUACUCUUAAAGAAACUUCACAGAGGGCUUCCACUGAUGACUUAUUAACUUGA